UUAUUCCGUUGGACCUCAGAGCUGCACUAACAAACAGUGUCUUCACUCAGCCAAAUAAAUCAGCCACAACAAACAAAGCCUUGAAAGCAUCCUAAGAAAUUGGAAGAGACUUAGUGAACAAAAGCUAGAAUUCAUGUCCGGUGGUAUUAAGAAGAGCAGCAGAAACAUCAACAGGAGAAGAUUCAGUGAUGAUCAGAUCAAGUCACUGGAAACUAUGUUUGAGACGGAGUCGAGACCAGAGCUACGCCUCAAACAGCACCUAGCUAACAAACUUGGGCUGCAGCCUCGACAGGUCGCGAUAUGGUUCCAGAAUAAAAGAGCUAGAUCAAAAUCUAAGCAAAUCGAGCAAGAGUACAGCAUGCUUAAAUCUAACUAUGAUAAGUUAGCUUCCCAGUUCGAAGCACUGAGGAAAGAGAACCAGAACCUGCUCACCCAGGUAGACAGACUCAGACGAUUGGCUGACAACGGAGACGGUGACGAACAUGACAAUAAGAACCAUUUUACAUUAUCAAGUUCCGAAAAUCCAAGACUUCUACUAGACAUUAACUGCCAGGAGCUAUGCAUACCCACAUGCAGUGAUCUGAACAGAAAAGUUGGUUACCUGGAGGAGGAAGCUGAUGCUUUGAAUAUGGCCCAGAUUGCUGGAGGUUCCUUAGCAUCACCAGAAAAUAGAGGCAGCUUUGAUUCUUCUACCUUUCUUGAUAAUACUGGAAGCGGUUCACAGUGGUGGAACUUCUAGUUUUGAAAUAUCGAGUGAGGAUGUUUAUGUGAUAAAUCAUUAGGACGUAGAGUAUUAAGAACUAGAGCACAUAAAUGAUAGAGCAUAUGCCUUCCAUAUUUGUUGGUCGAAAGCCCCCAUCUUUCAAGGGGACAGCAUCCAGUUUCUUGAGAUGGAUCAUGAUCAUGACUUCAUAAGGCAAGUAGCCAGGAUUUGCAUAUAGGCUUUCAAGAGUAUGAUUCUAUCCUUAUAAUCAAUCUCAUGUGACACUUCAGUACUCCAAGUAAUACGAAGACGUGAGACAGAAACUAAUACUGACAGGCAGAAAGACUGCACUUAUGCUCCUAGCUGCAGACGCAACAUUGUUAUAGAGAGCAAUGGACGAGGCUAAAUAUUUGCAAAAGAGUUAUAAGAAAAAGGCAGUGAAUCUAUACUCCUGCAUGUGAUGGAUUGGAGGUAUUUCCCGAGUUCCAAAUGUGUCCUUGUACAUUGACCUGCAGUAUGCUCAUUUACAUUACUCAAGACCCGACAUA